GUGAAGUCCUCCGCGACGGGGCAGUUCCAGACAUGCUGCCUCGUGGUCGAGUGCAUUGAGCGCGCGGUGCACCUGCUGCUCAACGUGCAGGAUCCCGACCCGGACCAGCCGGAGGCGGCCGUCGAGGUGGCCAAGAGCGCCCAGGACGAGUUCUUCAGCCUGUGCAGGGAGCAGUGCCCUGGAAUCAAGGUGCUGCGGUCCAAGCUGAAGUGGCGCAACUACGCGUUCGAGAAGCCGCUGCCUGACGGCUGCGACGGGUGCCUGCCCUUCCUGAAGGUGGUUUGCGACCCGUCCGGCCAGAUGCCACCCACGGGCAUGAGCGGUCAGCACUUUCGCUACGCGUUCGGCGUGCAGACCUCGCUGCUGGAGCGGCUGCUCAUCACGCGGCGCAUCGUCGGCCCCUCCUGGCUGCGGCUGGAGCCCAACAUGUGGAAGGAGGACCCCGCCCGCCUGUCCUUCUGCGCCGUCGAGCUGCGCAUCCGGCCCGAGACCAUCUGCGCGCCGAAGAAGGCCGAGGACGCCCUGAAGCUGCAGGAGAUGGGCAUGCCCACGUCGAGCCCUCCGCUUCGCCUCAUGAGCAUCAGCAUGCAGACCAUGCAGAAGAGCGCCCAGGAGCCCCACGAGGCCCUGGUCAUCGCCUGCACCAUGCACCCCAACGUCAGCCCCGACGCGAGCGAGUCGGAGCAGGAGCUGCGCAGCGGCAUCUCCACCUGGAUCGCGGUGCGGCGGAUCGACUCGGCGCCGCUGCCCCGCGGCUCCGACGCGCUGCUGGCGCAGAAGAAGGUCGCCCACUUCAACAACGAGACCGUCAUGUUGGCCGCCCUGCUCAACAAGAUCCAGGAGUUCGACCCCGACGCCAUCGCGGGACACAACGCCUACGGCUUCGACCUGGACGUCCUCGGCUCCCGCAUGCACGCCCUGAAGCUCGGGCACUGGCAGAGGCUGUCCACGAGCGCUGGGCCGCCUCCGGCGCCCGGGCUGCAGGACGAGCCCCCAGAUGCCUUUUGA